AUGAUUUUACGUAAUCUACAGUACUCUACGUUUCAGGACCCGCGGCAACAGCACAAGUGGAAAGUGCAAACAUAUUCCUCGCCUACUUUUUGCGAUCAUUGCGGGUCUUUACUUUAUGGAAUUAUUCAUCAGGGAAUGAAAUGUAAUAUUUGUGGUACAAAUGCACAUCAUCGCUGUGUACGUUAUGUGCCAAAUAUGUGUGGAACGGACCACACCGAAAAACGGGGUCGAAUACUGCUUGAUGUCAGCGUAGAAGGAGAAAUUCUUAGAAUCCACGUAAAAGAGGCUCGUAAUCUUAUUCCGAUGGAUCCAAAUGGUUUAUCCGACCCUUAUGUGAAACUCAAAUUAAUUCCUGAAGAUGGUGGCUGUAAAUCGAAGCAAAAAACUAAAACGCUACGGGCCACACUGAACCCGCAGUGGAACGAGAAAUUCACCUAUAAACUUCAACCUGGCGAUAAGGACAGGCGAUUAUCUGUCGAAGUAUGGGAUUGGGAUAGAACUUCGAGGAAUGACUUUAUGGGAAGCUUAUCGUUUGGAAUUUCUGAACUUCUUCUUGAGCCAGCAUCUGGCUGGUUCAAACUGCUCAAUGCGGAAGAAGGCGAAUACUACAACAUAAACAUUCCGCCAGAGUACGAAGAAGAAAUGGAGAAAAUACGUCGAAAAAUGGAGGUGCACGGCACUCUAAGUAGACCGAGUUCGGAUAUAUCACGGCUGAGUGCUUCGGCACAAAGCCAACUCGUCAAGGAGUCAGACUUCACUUUCUUGAAAGUCUUAGGCAAGGGAUCAUUUGGAAAGGUAAGAUAUCAGAGA